UUUGGAGCCUGUAAUAUAAUCUUUCACUCAUUCAAUCUUAUACAAAAUUCUACUCCCACAUCUUCAGCCCAGGUACUCUCCCCUUUUAAACCUAGUAGCCAGGCUAACGGGGCCCUCAUUCAUGGAAAUAUGCUGCUCCAGCGAGAGGAAAUCAGAAACCGUAAGCUUGGCCUGCACAUCCCGAAUGUACCGAACCUAAUUUCUCAGUGCCAUGAGAACAACCCGUCAAUCAUUGGCUCUUCCGUCUCCAUUCCUAUAGUUCAGCCUCAAAAUGUCCGAAUCCCUUUUCAGCCUCAAGGCCUCAGCAAUCAGCCUCCUCAUUGCUCAUCUCAUCCGCUCACUCCCUCUUCAUUCCCAUCGCCACUGCCGCUGCCUGUUCUAACUCCUGUCCAUUCGGUCAAAGAAGACAAUCAACCUUCACCACGGACAUCAGAUCUCGAAGAGCACGUAGACGACACAAUCGAGAAGUACAAAGGAAUAGCUGCCUGGCAAAAUUGGUGCCCAAAGGGUCAGCUGAUCUCAGACCAAGCAGGAAGUCAGUAA